AUGUGCUCUCUCAGCGCAGCCAAUGCCAGGUUCUGUCUUGACUUUUUCAGAGAGCUGAACAAAAGAAAAAGAAAUGAAAACAUCUUCUUCUCCCCACUAAGCCUGUCAGCUGCCUUUGGAAUGGUUGUCCUUGGAGCCAGGGGCAGCACACUCGAGCAGAUUGAGAAGGUCUUUCAUUUCAGAGAAGUUUUGAGCAGUACAAGACAAGGAUACCCAUCUGGAGAGGUCCAACUUUGCAUAGGAAAGCUCAAGCCUACCACGAAACAUCUGUUUUCCUGUUUGAAGUGUGAAGAAGAUGAAGGAGUCCAUUCCCAGUUCCAGGCUCUGUUGGCUGAAGUCAGUGAACCUGGACCAGGCUGUUGUCUCACCAUUGCCAACAGGCUCUUUGGAGAAAUUACUUACCCGUUCUUCCAGCGGUACUUGGAUUCCACAAAAAAAUUCUAUCGAGCAGAACUGGAACCAGUAAACUUUAAAUACACUGAAGAAGAAGUCAGAGACAAAAUUAACUUCUGGGUUGAAAAUGAGACAAAAGGUAAAAUCAAAGACCUAUUUGCUGCUGGUUUUAUUGAUCCCUCUACUGUACUCGUCCUGGUCAAUGCUAUAUAUUUUAAAGGAAAGUGGGCAGUAGAAUUUAAGAAAGAAGACACUAAGGAAAUGUAUUUCCACCUGAACAAGAAUGAGAGAAGGAAAGUGCAGAUGAUGUUUCAAGAAGGAAAUUUUAACAUGACCAUCAUAGAGGAACUGAAAACAAAAAUCAUAGAGCUCCAGUACUUCAAUAAUGAAAUGAGCAUGUUCAUUCUUCUUCCUGAAGAUGACUGUGAGGACUUUACUGGCCUAGAACAGCUUGAAUGUGCCCUCACCUACGAAAAACUAGCAGAAUGGACCAGCUUGGCUACGAUGCAACCAGUGAGAGUGAAGGUGUACCUGCCCCAGUUCAAGAUGGAGGAAAGUUAUGUUCUCAACAGCACUCUCCAAGAGAUGGGAGUAAUGAAUGUUUUUGAGUGGGGAAAAGCUGAUUUGUCAGGAAUCUCUAUGAAAGAUGGCUUGGUUGUGUCCCAGGCCAUCCAGAAGACAAUUGUGGAAGUGACUGAAGAGGGCACCGAAGCUGGUUGUUCCAUGGGACUUCUUGCAAUGCCUCUGUGUUGCCCAGAGACUUAUGAGUUCAAAGCUGACCGUCCAUUCCUCUUCUUCAUCAGACACAACCAAACCAACACCAUUCUCUUCUUUGGAAGAUAUUCUUCUCCUUAA